AAAUACGGCACGUCUUCUUUCUCAUUUCGUAUCUAGGAGACAAAAGACAAGAAAAAGGAGUCAACGUCCCCAUAGGCUUAGUUCCUCCCGGAAAAUCUUAAGCUCCAUCGGAAUAGAAUCUUUUAACUGCUCUUUUAGAUUUUAGGGUCAGAAGAACAGGGAUCAUUUCAUAAAUCAAUUCAAAAAAAAGAAGAAGAAAAGAAUCCAAAACAGAUAGAAUUAAUGGAUGGAAUCAUGAACAAGCUAAGGAAUUUAGAUGCGUACCCUAAGAUAAACGAGGAUUUCUACAGCCGCACACUUUCCGGUGGCGUCAUCACUCUCGUGUCCUCCGUUGUUAUGUUCUUGCUCUUCUUCUCCGAGCUCCGAUUAUAUCUUCAUGCUGUGACUGAAACAAAGCUUGUGGUUGACACUUCAAGAGGGGAAACUCUACGCAUCAAUUUUGAUAUCACAUUUCCUGCUCUUGCAUGUUCAAUCCUCAGUGUUGAUGCAAUGGACAUAAGUGGAGAACAACACCUUGAUGUGAGACAUGACGUAAUCAAGAAACGGUUAGAUGUGCAUGGCAAUGUUAUAGAAGCAAGACAAGAUGGAAUUGGUGCUCCCAAGAUUGAAAAGCCUUUACAGAGGCAUGGUGGCAGGCUCGAUCACAAUGAGACGUAUUGUGGUUCGUGUUAUGGUGCAGAAGCGGCUGAUGAUGAUUGUUGCAACUCCUGUGAGGAUGUUCGCGAAGCAUACAGAAAGAAAGGUUGGGCUUUGUCAAACCCAGAUUUGAUUGACCAGUGCAAGAGGGAGGGUUUUCUUCAGAAGAUCAAGGAUGAAGAAGGUGAGGGGUGUAAUAUAUAUGGCUUUUUAGAAGUUAAUAAGGUGGCGGGGAAUUUUCAUUUUGCACCUGGGAAAAGCUUUCAGCAAUCAAAUGUUCAUGUACACGACUUGCUUGCAUUUCAAAAAGACAGUUUUAAUAUAAGUCACAAGAUCAAUAGAUUAUCUUUUGGAGAUUACUUUCCUGGGGUCUUGAAUCCUCUUGAUAGUGUUCAAUGGACUCAAGAACAACCAAGUGGGAUGUACCAGUACUUUAUCAAGGUUGUACCUACGGUGUACACAGAUGUGAGUGGAAACACUAUCCAGUCAAAUCAGUUUUCUGUGACAGAGCAUUUUAAGGGUGCAGAAAUAGGCCGACUUCAAUCCCUCCCAGGAGUUUUCUUCUUUUAUGACCUUUCUCCUAUCAAGGUGACUUUCACCGAGCAGCAUGUCUCAUUCUUGCACUUUCUAACAAAUGUUUGUGCUAUAGUUGGAGGUGUUUUUACAGUUUCGGGAAUAUUGGACUCUUUUGUAUACCAUGGUCAAAAAGCAAUCAAGAAGAAGAUGGAAAUUGGUAAAUUCAGUUGAUGAUACACAAAAUUGCUACUAUUUCCUGUUCCGUCAACAGGUGCUUAGGAGAAAAGCGAAUCAAGUAAGCAAGAAGAACAGUGCGUUGUAUGUAUCCCCCUUAAGUUAUUAGAUUUUUCUUGGUAAUCAUUACUGAAAUUUUGUUGACACAUUCGAUGGUUGAAUUGGACCCAUGUCGUACUUCAUUUACAAGCUAUAGUCGUCUUUGAGACAGCCUGAAACCGACAAAAUCCGCCAAAAAGGCUGACCUUUUGCUUGAA